AUUUUUCUUUCCGAAAAUAUAUAAUUUAUUGGAAGAAAGGGGGCGUUUCCCAAAGGCCAAGUAAAAGUCCAGCAUUAUAACUUUCAAGCAACCCUUUUUAUAUUGUCAAUGAAUGUGACGUUGAAAUAACGGGACGGUUUAUGACCUUACGUGUACCUUACCUUACAAUCCGACUGGCACAUGGUGGAUUUAUCUAGAUUUUGAUAUCUUAUUGAUCAUGUUGAUAGACUGAUAUUGAAGAAAAACACACUGAGGAGUUGUCACAGUCGCAAUUAAUUAUAAUAUAAAAAACUUAAUUAUGCGCUUACUGUUAAUACUGUGCGUCCUCUGUAGUGGACUUUUAGUGACCGAGUGCAGCCGGAAGAAUGUUUUAUUCCUCGUUUCUGAUGAUAUGCGUCCGCAAAUAGGAGCCUAUGAAGGACAGGAUUUUCCAUCAUCCAUUCACCCUCCGAUGUUCACGCCAAAUUUAGAUGCACUGGCGUCCAAAAGUUUGCUAUUAAAACGUGCUUAUGUACAGCAAGCUCUGUGUUCUCCGAGUAGAACGUCACUUCUGACCGGACGUCGUCCGGACACAACACAUGUAACCGAUUUAGUUCAUUACUUCCGUAGAGUUGGCGGGAAUUUCACAACCAUCCCAGAAUAUUUCAAAAUGAACGGAUAUGAAUCAGUUGGAAUGGGGAAGAUAUUUCAUCCUGGGUACCUUGCGUCUGAUAAUGACGAUCCAAUAUCAUGGACAAUGCCAUAUUUUCAUGGAACACGUAAUUUUGAAUCAAAGGCAAACAGCUGGAAAGCAAUAUCAGAUGAUCUCUUAAAAAACAAACCGCUUAUUGAUAAGCAAAUAGCCGACCAUGCUCUUUCUACAUUACAAAAGCUUGCACCUGCAGCAAAAUCAGGACAAAAGCCUUUCUUUGUCGCUGUUGGCUUCCAUAAACCGCAUCUUCCGUUCGUUUUCCCGGAAUCUUUCCUGCAACAUUAUCCAAUAAGCGAAAUUAGACUUCCGAAUAAUGAAUAUGCACCAAUUAAUAUGCCGAAAGCUGCUUGGUUUGAUUAUACUGGUUUACGAUCCUAUCAUGACAUUAGCGCAUUGAACGCUACCGGUGCAAUUAAUUCAACGCUGCCUCGGGAUGUUGUCCUUGACCUUCGUCGUGCCUAUUAUAGCGCUUUAAGUUGGACAGAUUCAUUGGUCGGUCUUGUUGUGAAUGAACUCUCGAAGUUGGGUCUUGAAAACGAUACAAUAAUAUCCUUCUUUGGCGAUCAUGGUUGGCAGCUAGGAGAACAUUCCGAAUGGUGCAAACAAACAAAUUUUGAACUGGCAACGCAUGCGCCAAUGAUGGUACAUAUCCCUGGUCUGACCGACAAGGGAAUAGUGACAGAGAAGCUAACAGAAUUUGUUGACCUCUUUCCAACCUUGGCUGAGGCAGCUGGACUUGACCUUUUACCUUUGUGUCCGGACGACUCUGCAAGCAUUGGACUUUGUCGUGAAGGAAUGAGUUUAAUACCUUUAGUUCAAAAUCCAAAUGCAACAUGGAAGAACGCCUCAUUUUCUCAAUAUCCAAGAGCAAUAAAUGGAACGAGCAUCAUGGGAUAUACGAUUCGAACAGACCGUUAUAGAUACACUGAGUGGGUAAAGUUUAUCGGAGCCCCAACAUAUAAGCCUCAGUGGAAUGUAUCGUUUGGUGUUGAACUUUAUGAUCAUCAAAAAGAUUCAGAUGAGAACUUUAAUAGAGCUUUUGAUCCGUCUUAUGUAAAAACUGUUAAACAGUUAAGUUAUUUACUUCAUGCAGGAUGGAGGAUAGCAUUGCCAUCAAGUGAAAAAUCGUAACUAUUGUGAAAAAUGGAAAUUUUAUACAAUGAAAUUUUGCCACUAACUGAAAAUGGUGACUUCACUGAAAAUUCGUAACUCUAAAUAAAAUUAAAAAAAAAAACUAUAUUGUCUUCAUGUUAAGUGCUUAGGGUUUAAUCUAUUUGCAUUAUGUAAGUAACAUA